GAAGAAGACGGCAGAAAGUGGUGUCGGAGGGACAGAGCAGCAGCAGCAGCAGUGGCCGGAGCGGGGCGCGGACCAUGGGCUGGCGGCUGCCGCUGCUGCUGGCCCCCCCCCCCCCCCCGCUGGGCGGCCGCGGGGCCGGCGCGCAGAACGACACCGAGCCCAUCGUGCUGGAGGGCAAGUGCCUGGUGGUGUGCGACUCCAACCCGGCCCCCGACGCCAAGGGCUCGUCCUCCUCGCCGCUGGGCAUCUCCGUGCGGGCGGCCAACUCCAAGGUGGCGUUCUCGGCGGUGAGGAGCACCAACCACGAGCCCUCCGAGAUGAGCAACAAGACGCGCAUCAUCUACUUCGACCAGAUCCUUGUAAAUGUGGGCAAUUUUUUCACGUUGGAGUCUGUCUUUGUAUCACCACGGAAAGGAAUUUACAGCUUCAAUUUUCACGUAAUUAAAGUCUACCAGAGUCAAACAAUUCAGGUGAAUUUGAUGCUGAAUGGGAAGCCAGUGAUCUCUGCUUUCGCUGGGGACAAGGAUGUCACCCGUGAAGCUGCCACCAACGGGGUCCUGCUGUACCUGGACAAGGAGGACAAGGUGUACCUGAAGCUGGAGAAGGGAAAUCUGGUUGGUGGCUGGCAGUACUCCACAUUCUCUGGCUUCCUGGUCUUCCCCCUGUAAAGUCAAUUUUCCUGUGACCUUCAUCCAGGUGUGGACUCAUCCCUGCCUCUGUCACAUGAAGAUCAUUUUGUUAUCAUGGGAGUGAUGGUUCUUUAUUGCUUUCUCAUGGGUGACUUUGGAUUCUCUCCAUGGAUUUUGGCCCCAUCUGAACUACUCAGAAGUUCCACAGAAUUCUGUGUGCUCAGAUACGACACCCUUGGACUGAGACUAAAGCAGACAAUAAAUAUCAAUGCUUAAGGUUGCAGCCUAAAGCUGCCUGCAAGAUUUAUUCCGAUUUCAUUUCCUGGACUUACUGGAUUUGGGGAAGAAGUGGAUUUUCUUUAACUGUGCAAAGACUGGCACCAAGUCUUUGAUGCAGGAGAGUUUGAGUGGAGACUUCAAGCAAGAGUUUUGUGUGUUGCUGCCAAAGAACUGUGUAUUGCUGUAUUGGUUGUGUUUCUGUCCUGGGGCUGCCCUGCCGUGCUCUGUCCAUUGUCUUAGGGGUAAUUCCCCUUGCUAAGUGGCUGACUUGAGUUCUGCUCUGUGUGUUGUGUGUUGAUGGUUCACCCACGUGUUUAACUCGGUCACAGUCGGGCGCAGCCUCCGUCAGUCUGAGGGGCUUGGGAUGGGUUUGGCUGGAUGUGGAGGGGGCUCCUCUUUGCCACGUGCUGAUUCCUAAGAGGAAAAGCAGAUUACAACCACCCAGGUUAAAGGUGGGCAUUCAGACACUACUUUGCUGAACAGCUUUGUCCCGCAGGACACCUCACACUUUUUUUUCAAGUUUAAUUAACUUGGUAAUUACUGUUUUAUUCAGCUCCUGAGUGAUUCCUUCCUUAGACACAACCACUCUGUCGGCUGGAGAUGAGAUCCCCUUGUUUGUGUAUCUGUGCAUUUUCCAACCCUCCUCUUGUGUUAAAGGUCUUACCUGGUUUUGCC